GUCGUCUGCUACGAGUGAUCCACCAACACAGCCAGCCUGGCAGACAAGCAUCCCAGACAUUCACGAAGAGCAGACAGUCAAGGCCUGUGAGUCAGAAUGAUUGGCGAUUCUCUCACCUUCAGGCAUUGGAUGGUGCAGUCAUUUUCACGUACGUGCCCCCAAAGACGCGAUUGAUGUUGAUUGUGAGGCCUCCGACGUUGGUUCCCACAGGGAAGGGGGCGCGGAUGGAAUCAUGCUGCACAGCUGUAGCGUCGACCGUCAGAGUCACACGCUGAAGGCCCCUGAUGUGCCGGAUCACCGACACGAGGCCGGUGCGGACAACGCUGCCCGCAUCCUCCACGCCAGUAGGCACUAAAGGGAGGAAACACACACAAGGCAGAAAUGAGGACGGACAUAGCUAAUGCCCUCUUCUCUCAGCGUACGUGUCAGCUUGAAGUCUAGCGCCUUGAUCGUUGGCAAUCUGUCCGCCCCCACCAGCUGGUCGACGCCGACCUCCCCCAUCCGCACCUCACUCACCUCCCUCUCCCUCCCCAGCGCCGCCAACACGCCCACCUUCUCCUCAGCACCCGACAACCGGUAGAUGUCCACCCUCCCCACCUUCUUGGGCAUCUUGCUGGCGAACAGCUGGCCAGCAGCAACACCCAGGUUGCUCCAGACAUGCAGCUCUGAGGCUUUUGGGAACGGCUGCAAGUGGCUGAUCAUGGCGGGGUCGGGCGAUGGCGUGUUGGCCGGGGGAUCGAGGCCAGGGGCGUCGUUGUGAGCCAACACCUUCGUGGCCUCGUCGAAUGAGAGUGUCUUGGCCAUCUCGCUGGCCGAUUGGCUGUGGCUGGCGUGCGGGUCGGUGAGGCCGUCCCCGGUGAAGGUGUACCUCACCGAUGCGGCCUGCAAUGCCAGCUGCUGGAUCAUGGUCUUGAGUGGGGGUGAGGGGCGGAUGGGGAACUCGUGGUGGUAGAAGACGGAGAGGUCGAAGCCGAAACGGCCGCAGGUGGUGGUGAGCGUGAGUGGGGCGUCUGGUCGGCAGCACCUGCGGAUCAGCCGAUCCAGGGCGAGCAGCACAGGCAUAUUGCGGCGGCUGAUGUCGUAGCCGACAGCAAAGCCCACGCGUAACUCCUGGAGCGACUGUCGGCAGCCACGCGCAACGAGCACUUCCUGAAGACAACAAGCACAGAUGCAAGAAGGACAUCAUGAGCCAACCCAGGUGCCUCCCUUGUUGUCACCUGAAGCCGAUCGACGCCCGCCGGGUUGUUACCUUCGACGUGAAUGGUGCCGAUGCUCUCCAGCUGGGCGAGUCGCCCUCCCUGCUGCCCAUCACGUGCCGCAGGGACGCGCUCAAAUACAUCCGCCCACCCCUCACCCCUAAAAGCACCGCCCACACGCCGCAGCGAGCGGGACGAGCUGAUGAAUCGGCCCACUCUGUCGCCGCGGGACCCCCCCUCCAGCACAAUGCCGAGUGAGGGCAU